CUAGCCCUUGAGACUGGUGUUGGGAGCCUCCCUCCCCCUAGUCCCUAGGGGGGACCAGCUCCCCAACUCGUCCUCCCCCACCCCCAUCCCAGACAUUUUGGCAGAGGCUAGGAGGAGGGGGACGCACGGACGCCGUUUCUCCCGGGCUGGGCCAGAGUCCCCGCGCGGCGGCGCAGCCUCCCGCUCCGGGUCCCGCCGGCCAGUGCGCAGCGCGGCGCCCCCGCCCCCGCCCCCGCCGCCUUCUCCCCGCCCGCCGCCUCCCUCUCCGCUCCCUCCCUCCCCGCUCCGCGCUGCACGCACAGCCCCGCCGCCGCCGCCGCGAGGGGAGAGGCGGCCGCACAGCCUGCUUCCCCGCGCCCUGCUCGCCGCCGCCGCCGCCGCCGUCACCGCCGCUGCCCUCGCCCCGCUGAGCGCACAGCCCGGGCACACGCACCCAGCCGCCGGGCGCCACCCCGCGCACUCCUCCCGCCGCUUCGCUGGGCAGAUGCGCCGCCGCGCGCCCCGCGCCCCGGGCCCGCCACAGAGCUCCGUCGCGCGCCGGGGGCUCCUCUCCCCGGCCCCCCUGGGUGCCCUCCGGCUGGGGCUCCCGCCCGCUCCUUGGAAUAACCCCUGAGGCUCCAGCCGUCGCCGCAAAGUUUCCCGAGGAGACCCGCCUCCCCGGCCGCUACGCAGGUGAAGAACCAGGGAGGAGGUGAGAAAGGCCCCACUCUGGACAGCUGAGCCCCAGGGCUGAAGCAGGAAUAACCUACCCUUCUGCCUCACCCACUCCAGAAGCUUCUCUACAAACAGGAGCAGCCAAGCAGACCAGCCCCUGCCCCCAAAGUGGCUUCCCAAAGCGGAGCACAGAGGCCUGACAGCUCAGCAGUGCGAGGCAAGGCGAGGUGGCUGCAGCCUGAGGCGAACAUCUGAACUCCUCAGAGGGGUAACAGACCCACACACACACAGAUGCAGCCUGAGUGGCAGGAAGACUGAUUCUUUGGAGAGUGGCUCCCUCUCAGCUCUGUCACGCAAGAGCGCUCUCUGCACUGAGCCAUUCUGCCAAGUGACUUAAAGGGAUUUAAAAAAAAAAAAACAAAAACAAAAACAAAAAAACCUUGGUAAAGAAAAGAGGGCAGCAGUCCCGGCAGGGGCAUUUCAGGAGAGGUGCAGCCUGUGGACAAAAGACCAAGUUACAAAGAGCUGUGGUGGACUUGGUGGCCAGUGAGAGGCCACACCCCCCGGGGACUGGUGCUGGACUGUAGGGCAUGCCCUGCUCAGGAGUCCCCGGGGGUGCUCUCUGCACCCCGGACACACAACCCUCACUCCAGAAAGCCGAGCCAUCAGUACCUGUGGCCUAGGGUGGAAAGAUGCAGCUUGGGACCUGCAGCCAUAUCUGAGGCCUGGCCACAAGGAAGGCUACAAGACUUCCAUCCUCUCUGUGCCUCUGUGCUCCUUCUGCCCCAGGGUUGCAGUCUGUGGUUUGGAGCCUGACAGUGACAUGGGGCCAAGGAUGUGAGUGUGGCCUGCCUGGAACUUUGAAGCAGUGACCAGUGGGACAGUGGGACCCAGUGGCUCCAGGGAGCAGCAGCAGAGGAGGUAUUGAGGCUCCAGGUUAGGUGGGUCAGGCCUCCACCAGCCAUCCACCAUGGUGGUGGCACACCCUGCUGCCACCGCUACCACCACACCUGCUGCCACUGUCACAGCCACUGUCGUGAUGACCACAGCCACCAUGGACCUGCGGGACUGGCUGUUUCUCUGCUAUGGGCUUAUUGCCUUCCUCACGGAGGUCAUCGACAGCACCACCUGCCCAUCAGUGUGCCGCUGUGACAAUGGCUUCAUCUACUGCAAUGACCGGGGGCUCACAUCCAUCCCCUCAGACAUCCCUGAUGACGCCACCACCCUCUACUUACAGAACAACCAGAUCAACAAUGCAGGCAUCCCUCAGGACCUCAAGACCAAGGUCAAGGUGCAGGUCAUCUACCUAUAUGAGAAUGACCUGGAUGAGUUCCCUAUCAAUCUCCCCCGCUCCCUGCGAGAGCUGCAUCUGCAGGACAACAAUGUGCGCACCAUUGCCAGGGACUCCUUGGCUCGCAUCCCGCUGCUGGAGAAGCUGCACCUGGAUGACAACUCCGUGUCCACUGUGAGCAUCGAGGAGGACGCUUUCGCUGACAGCAAGCAGCUCAAGCUGCUUUUCCUGAGCCGCAACCACCUGAGCAGCAUUCCAUCGGGGCUGCCGCACACCCUGGAGGAACUGAGGCUCGAUGACAACCGCAUUUCUACCAUCCCCCUGCACGCAUUCAAGGGGCUCAACAGCCUGCGACGCCUCGUUCUGGAUGGCAACUUGCUGGCCAACCAGCGCAUCGCUGAUGACACCUUCAGCCGCCUGCAGAACCUCACAGAGCUGUCGCUAGUACGCAACUCGCUGGCCGCCCCGCCCCUUAACCUGCCCAGUGCCCACCUGCAGAAGCUCUACCUGCAGGACAAUGCCAUCAGUCACAUUCCCUACAACACACUGGCCAAGAUGCGGGAGCUGGAGAGGCUGGACCUGUCCAACAACAACCUCACCACGCUGCCUCGAGGCCUGUUUGAUGACCUGGGGAACCUGGCACAGCUGCUCCUCAGGAACAACCCCUGGUUCUGUGGCUGUAACCUCAUGUGGCUGCGGGACUGGGUGAAGGCACGGGCCGCAGUGGUCAAUGUGCGGGGCCUCAUGUGCCAGGGCCCUGAGAAGGUCCGGGGCAUGGCCAUCAAAGAUAUCACCAGUGAGAUGGAUGAGUGCUUUGAGGCAGGGUCACAGGGCAGUGCAGCUAAUGCAGCUGCCAAGACCACAGCCAGCAACCAUGCUUCUGCCACCACACCCCAGGGCUCUCUGUUUACCCUCAAGGCCAAGAGGCCAGGACUGCGCCUCCCUGACUCCAACAUUGACUACCCCAUGGCCACUGGAGAUGGCGCCAAGACAUUGGUCAUCCAGGUGAAGCCACUGACAGCAGACUCUAUCCGAAUCACGUGGAAGGCUAUGCUACCUGCCUCUUCUUUUCGGCUCAGUUGGCUGCGCCUGGGCCAUAGCCCGGCUGUGGGCUCUAUCACAGAGACACUGGUGCAGGGGGACAAGACAGAAUACUUGCUGACAGCCCUGGAGCCCAAGUCCACCUACAUCAUCUGUAUGGUCACCAUGGAGACUGGCAACACCUAUGUGGCUGAUGAGACACCUGUGUGUGCCAAAGCAGAGACAGCUGAUAGCUAUGGCCCUACCACCACACUCAAUCAGGAACAGAAUGCUGGCCCUAUGGCGGGGCUGCCCCUGGCUGGCAUUAUUGGUGGUGCCGUGGCUCUUGUAUUUCUCUUCCUGGUCCUGGGAGCCAUUUGCUGGUAUGUGCACCGGGCCGGUGAGCUGCUGACCCGAGAGAGGGUCUACAACAGGGGCAGCAGGAAAAAGGAUGACUACAUGGAAUCGGGGACCAAGAAGGAUAACUCCAUCCUAGAAAUCCGAGGCCCAGGACUGCAGAUGCUCCCCAUCAACCCGUACCGCUCCAAAGAGGAGUACGUGGUACACACCAUAUUUCCCUCCAAUGGCAGCAGCCUCUGCAAGGGAGCCCACACUAUUGGCUAUGGCACCACACGAGGCUACCGGGAAGGUGGCAUCCCUGAUGUGGACUACUCCUACACAUGAAGCUAGCCGCCCCCGGUGUGAUCACGUGGCUCUGUCUAGCCCCCUGCUACACCAGGAGCCAGGAAGAGGAACUCCACCGUGACUUUCCAAGUAGAAAGCAAAGUUUGGGGAGGGUUGGUGAUUUUGCAGAACACAACAGUGCGGUUUAAAAAAAAAUUAAAUACAUAGAAGGCAGGAGGGGGAUUCAGCAUUGUUGGAGAUGUAAUUUAUACCAGAUCAUGAGAGUUAAAGACUAAAAAUAAUCUUGCAGGAAGGGUUGGGUUGGAUUGGGAUUUUUUUUUUCCUGAACCAGAUUGAUACUAUACUACCUGUACAACAUUUGUAUACACCUCGAGCUCCAUUCAGGGCUGUCAGAGAGAAGCAGAAGCCACGGAGCGCCCCCCUCCCCCAAGCAGCCGUCCUUCUGGCUGCUCACGGGUGACAACUCAAUGAAAGGUUUUCAGCUUCCUCACAAAAGAGCCAGGGGAGGAAAAGACUUUUUGCUAUGGAGACAGUGUCCUGAAAUCUCUUCCCUGGUCUUUUCCAUGCUGUUCCUUUCCAGAUAUAUGGCGUUCUCCGGGAUAGUCUCUCAACAAUACCAUAGUCAGUUAAAAGAGAAAAAGUCCAGCUUUUCCUUCCGAUGCUGAGCACUGCGGCCCCACUCACGGAGCUUCUUAGAAGCUCUGAGGAAAGCUGUGGUUUCCGUGCCACGUGGAGGUGCAUCUGUCUGCCCACCUACGGCCGAGUCCUGUGUCUCAGUACGGAUGGGUAGAUAGAGCUGCGUGUCUGUCAGCACUUCUUGGCUCAGUCCGUGACAUUUGCUCAGACAAUAGAAUUGCAAAAAUCUUGCUUUCUCCUAGAAAUCAUUGAAUAAGUAAGUAGACCGUGUGUAGGUGGAGGGGAGGUGCCUCAGUCCAGUGGUAGGAGAUCCUAUGUCGGCUAGCACAGAGCCAGGCCAGGCCAUUCCCCUCUCUGAUAUCGAGAAAAGCUUCCCUUGAUGACCAGUGCCCUCAUCUGUCCCUCCCCCAAUAGAUGUCAUGCUUACAAUAGUGUUUACUCUUUCUCCUGGGACAGGUAAUUUAUAAACAGGGACUCUUUAUAAAUAUAUGUGUGCACACACACAUCAGCUGGCUAGACCUAUUGGGUUUCCAUGGCUGCCCAAACAAAGCCCAGAAAAAAAUUUCAGAAAAUCGCUGGGAAACAUCAGCGUACACACACACACACACACACACACACACACACACACACACACACACACACACACACACACAGAAUCUCAGCCAUGUUCACACCAGGGGCUCUGUUCUCAAGAGGAAAAAAAUCAGAUUUCUUUGUUAAAAAAAAAAAAUCAGCCUCCCAAAGGGUACUGACCAGGGCCCUCAAGAGAGCUAGGAUUUUAUUCCCCCCUGUGGAAUCAAUGUCGUUAUCAUUUAUCAACUGACACCACAGUGUGGUGAGCCAUGAGAUUAAAACGAUGAUAAAAUAAUGACAGCAGAUCCGGAAAGGAGGGAAGAGCGGUGCCUGGGGUUCUGAUGUCUGCUUCGUCCUGUACUCGGGGAGCCCGGGUCACCAUCUGUCAUUGCAUCGCUUUGCCUUGCACUGGGGGAAAAAAAAAUCAUCAAAGGGAAGAUGCUGGUCUGAGGGCAGCUGGAUGAGAAGGGGUCCAGCUCCUGACACUGAUGUUUUCAAAAGACCUCUGCCACUCCAUCCAAAGAAAAGGCAGAAAGAAGAGGCCAGGCAGCUGCCCAAAGUGUACCUGGUGGGGCAUCCACCUGCUGGACAUUAAAGAGCCAACUAGCCCUUCAGUGAAGAGAUGAGGUAGAAAGAAACAGACCCGGCAGGUGCCUCAGAAGAGUGGAAAGAGGCACGAGCUCCUGAUCAUAGCCCAAGGGAUCAUCACACCAAACGGAGACCCCAACCCACCAGCCCCAGGGAGUGGUCAAGGGGCCAUGGAUCACUCCAAAGGAGACCUUUCUUCCUCUUCAUCCCAAGUCAUUUUCCCCACAUAAUGAGGUCAAGAGAGAAAUGUUCCUGAGCCUCAAAUUCAGGUCUGUAUAAACAUGCGCCCUGGUCCCCAGUGACACUAAUGGUACCCUAGUCCUGGCAGGCUCAGAGGAGACCAUCUGUAAGGGACAGGUAUGUUGAGGGCGUGUUAUCACCCCUACCUUGACCUAUAACUUGCCCUGUACCAUAGACUUACUCAUGGCCCCUUCCCUAGUUCCUACCCCAGGAAGGGUUUGGUGGUCAAGAUGACAUUUAGGAACAGCAGGUGGCCUAGGGCCUGGGAGGCCCUUUCUGGAGAUUCAGGAGCCUGUGGGCCAAAUGCUUGAAACACCAGGGCCAUGGUAAAUUCCUUUCCCCACCACACAGUAAGCCUGACCCCCAGGAGCCUGGGCAGUCACAGGCAGAAUGUCAAAGAUUGAGGACCAAAUCUGCCUCCUGCUCUAAGGGGCUCGCUCCAUAUUAUACCCAGUUGGAGAGCCCAAGGCUGGCACUGUCCCUUAAAGAGCACUAAAUGCUGAUCAGAGUGAACACUGCCCAGCCAUGGCCCUCCAAGAGUCCUUCCUGUGUCCUUUUACCUCUUCUCAUCUUAACAUUUUCCCAGUACCCUAUAUUCUGUGUGUGUUGGGGAUGGAGGAAUACUGGAGACUAAAUCCAGGGUCUACUGUGCAAGGUAAACACCCCAACACCAUGCUAUGUUCCCAGCACCACAUUUGGGCGCGUCCUUUCAGAAAGCCCCCAAGUGUGACCUUUGUCCCAGUUCUCCAAAGGAGACAGGAGAACCUGGCUCUUGGCCUCACAUACAGUGGAAGGAGUUCAGGGGACCCAGCCUCCUCUACCCUCAGAAGUGAGGGAAGCCAGGUUGACACUGGAAGGCCAAUGGGAUCCUCUCUGUGUGCAGCUGACAUUUCCAUAGGGAGUCCGUGGCCGGCUAGCCUGACCCUCACGGUUUCUAACCAGCCAGAACAACCUCCGUGGCCUCAGCUCCAGGGAGUGUAUUUUGUGGCAUUUAAGGCAAGUUUAAACUAAAAAAGAAAGCCAGUGACACUUCUUUGGUUAAGUGGUUUACCCUUCGUGGUAAUUAGACGCAGCGAUUGGAAUCUCUUUUUCUAUUACAUGGCAAUUUUACUUUAAAUUUCCUCUUUAAAAAAAAAAAGGGAAGAAAAGGCAAGGAAGGAGAGAGGCAUCAGGGCCGGGGCAUUUGCAUUUUGCGAAUGAAGCCUCUGGUAGACUCAGCUCAGGCGUGCGGCCCAACGUAUGGAAUGCUUAAGAGAUUACUAAGAAUAAAAUCUAUUAAUUAGUCAUACUCAAUUCCGCAGACAUGACGUGAAUCAAAAGCUCCCUUUCUUCCCUCAUCUGCAUCCUCUUCCUGAGGAAGCCUCCAUCUUCCCUGAAAGGCUGCCUCCUGGCCUGCCUCCUCCUCCGUGGAGCUCAGCCCUGGCCCUGUGUUGGGGAUGCUGACCUGGAGAACAGGUUGGGGGACACUGCACCGUCCUACCCUGGGCAAUGCUAGCAGGGAGGACAGCCUUGGGAAGACAAUUGUGGCUAGGAGUCCAGCCUUCCCUUCCUGGGGUUAGAAGUCCAUCCCUGCCCCUGCUCCGUGCCACUCUUCUUUCUCAGUGGGCAUGGGGUUUCUCAGAACCCCUUUCCCAGAGUUUCCAGUAUAUCAGCCGCCCAGCUCAGCCCCAAGGAGGAGAAGGAGCAUGUUAUACAAAUGUGAGUUUCCAUCUCUACAGUGAGGGUGGAGGUUGUCUGGGGCAGAGUCUUGCUUCAUGAAGAUCCUGUGAGAGCAACCUCUCCAUGCUGAGUCUGGAAAGUUCUGAUGGGCUCAGGGCAGUGAGGGAACCCAUGCUGGGUAGGAAGAGCCAUUAUGGACUGAGUCCACAGAAGGGAUGGGCAGUGUGUCUGGAAUGGCCUCCCAGCCUGAGCUUCCUCCCUCACUGCCCCUGGCAAGUAAGAAACAAAAGUCAGAGCCACUUAGGACCCUUCCCACCCAACCCACCCCGGCUCCCUAAGUCAGUUGAGUCCUGAAGCCAGCCCUCUUCAGACAUCUGCUUUCCACUGAGCACAUCGGGGAGGAGGCCAGGCUUCGGAGCCUCUUGCUUAUGAAAAAUACAACAAGGGAAAUUGGGUGCAGCAGCCCGGGAGCUAUGCAGAGGCAGCAGGGACAGGCUCCAGUGGGCAUGGUGGCCUGAGUCCCCCAAGAGCCAGAUGACAUGUCACAGCCAGGGUCAGAGCUGCAGGCCUCUCAUGAGCCACGUUCCCUACUCACAGAGACAGUGGUGCAGGUGACAGCAGCUGAUGCUGAGGCUGGAUGGGUGCCAGGGUGAGCACUAACAAGCAAUUCACAGGCUUCCCAGAGAGCAGAGCAAGGAGGCUUUUUUUUUUUUUUUUUUUUUUUUGUAAGGAGGAUAAAAAGGCUCAAAAAUGCAAAUCAUUACCGUUUACAACCAAGCGAGUCUGCUAAAUUGAUUAGAAGAGAUUAAACUCCUUGGAGGUGAAGGGAAAGGGGAAUUUUUUUGUGGGUUAGGAACCUGCCCCAAGUGGCAGCCCACACAGCAGGCAUUUUCCGGGUCUGUAUGGGAGGGAGUAGCAGCUGUUCCUACCUAGCUCCCUGAGGAGCUCGCAUCUCUAAGGACUGCUCAAAUUGAAUAGCUGGGACCAGGGCCCUGGGAACAGGAAGGGUCACUGUUGCCGGGACAAGUCAUACAGCAGCUGUGUCAGUCCCUGGGUAGUCUCUAAUCCUGUCAUCUAGGGUCAAUCUGCCUUGAGAGAUGGCAAGCCACAUCUGGAUCAGAGGAAGCAGCCUGUGCCAUCAUUUGGAGAGUAAGACUCCAGAGCCACAAGACUUCCUGUAUCCUUAUGCUGGGGACCUGCUGCUCUCUGGGGCCAGAGAAAGAGUGAGGUCAGCUGUAAAGGGAAAACUAAAGAUCAGGAGAGAGAAGCUUGGGCCCAGCAAAGGAAGACCUUUGCAUCCUAGCGUUACCUGAGGACGUGACUGAUAGCUCUCCAGCCUGAGCUGAGGUCUAGGUCUUAGUCUAGAAGAUUCUGGUUCCCACACUUGCUUUAAUCACAACCUCAAGGACAGGAUGUACAAAGACAUCCUUCCGCAGUCUGUGCUCAGCAGGUACUGAGGGAUACUGACAGGACACAUGCUGGGCUCAGUACUGCACGCCCCAGGAUGUCCCUGGACCUGUUCCCUCAAGCCCGGCUGCCUCACACCCAGGAGUAACCAGCAGUUUCAACACUGCCAGCCAGCCAUCCCAGCCAGCUGACAGCGCCCGGGGCUCUGUUGGGAUGCUCACCAUUUUUUAAGCAUUUACGGAUUCUUUUGAAGUGUCCCGAUCAUUUGUGUGAAAUAUCCGUAUUGGCUUCUUUAAAAACAACUGACAAAAAGGCUCCCUUUCUCUCUUCCCACCUUUCAUUUUUCUUCUUUUUCUCACCCAACCCCACCCCUGAUGAUUUGAGUCUGGCACUGGACUUCUGAUACUCCCAGGCUACCUCCUUUGAUUUUUUUUUUCUUUGAAGACAGGGUCUCACAUAGCCCAGGUUGGCUACGAACCCAUUAUGUAGCUGAGAAUACCAUAAAUUUCUGAUCCUCCCUACCUCUCUCAGAUUUUAAUGUAUGUUUUUCCCCUGAUUCUGGGGAUUCCAUUGUCCCUGGGGCUAUUCCAACACUCCCAUCACAAGGGGCUGCAGAGUGUGCCACACAGGGGAGGGCAUCAGCUCUCUGCAUAUCUCUCCUGACCUUUGUGCAGACAACUCUCUAGCCUGGGCCUGCUCCUGCUUCUGGAAGCCACCCUGGGCUCUCUGAAACCACUAUCAGGACUCCUUGCUGCUGAAUUGUCCGCUUGUGCCAGGAGGGAAUUGUGGGUAUGUGGUGGGCAGUGUGCCCAGCGGGCGAGUGGCUCAGCCCCCGCUUCACACAGUCCCACUCCCAGGACACUGCCACCAUCACAGUCAACUCAGCAGCUGUUUGGUUUCCCUGCCCACACACCUGGGGACUGAGGACAGCAGGGGACCUGGAACACCUUACCACUUCCUCUUCCCACCUGCCAUCUGUCCGCUCCUGGGAAAGACCUGAGGACUGGCAGUGAGGGGCCUUCUGUCCUGCACCUGUCUGGUGGCCUGGCCAGGAGAGGGGCUCACCUGGGAAAUUCCUCCCAGAAGCCGCCCACCCGGCUUUGCCUUGGGAUUGGUGUAUCUCCAGCAGAUGGGAAAUGAAGAUUCAUCAAGAUCUGGCAGCCCCCCAAGCUGAAUGGGUGACUCAGUUUCCCUUCUCCAGGAUUUGCAUCAAGUGGGUGAGGGGGGGUUGGCAGAAAACUAGAGAGACCUGGAGGGUGGUAUAAGACACAAGAUCCAAGGCAACAGCCUGCCACCCCUGCAGAGUCCCCGCACCCCAGCCACCCGCCUGGAGGAACUAAUCAGACUUUCUCUUCAAGACAGAAAAACAAGCACGACAUGAACCGACAAUCAAAGCCGCAGCAGGCCCUGAGCUGCUGCUGCUCAUUCCCCCAGGGGCCCAUGGCUCCAAACAGCUCUCAACCUGCCUUGGAUGGAAGUCGAGGUAGCAGGUCCCCACCCCUACCCCCCCUGUGACCAGUCCCAUCUCUGAAGGUUCUGGGUACAACGUGGGUAAGCCCUACACACAAAACCCCAAAGUAGCCUUAGGUAUUUUCCCCCAGCCCAGCAUGGCCACCUGAGGAUGGCUUUAACCUAUAAGCCUCUUGGGUAUCUAGGGUACAGUGUAAAAGUGAGGUCCCAGUGUCCUCCAGCCCCUCCAGUGAGGCUGAGGGUUGUGAGGAGGAAACCACAGGCCCAGUAUAGGAGGCUUGUCAUCUGAGAGAGAAGGGGAGAGAUGGUACUGGAGGCUGGGAGUCAACCAAUCAGGCUCUGGAGACCUGUGCUUGUGCUGGCUAGUACCACCAGCAGGUGUGAGCAAGGACGGCAGAGCCAGGUCACCUCAAAGGACCCCUAUUCCCACGAAAGGACCGCAGAGUGGAGAUGUUGGCAGAGCCGACCUCCCAGUGUGCAAAGAGUGCUUGCUGGUAUUGCCAAGUAAGUGAGGACAGGUAUGGGAGGUGUAGCCUGGUCCCCAGUUCUGGGGUGGGCCAUGGCCAACCUCUGGGGAAUGGACAGGCACUUUGCUAAAGGUGGGGUGCCUGCCCAGCCAAGGUAAUGAGGCAGGCCCUGAACUACCAAUGUUCCAAGCCCCUGCUCUGCUUCAGCCAAACCAGAACCCUGGAGCUCCUUGGAUGCUCGUCCCUCUCUUUUCUUUUUGGGCGACUCAGAACAGUGUGGGGGGAGGGGUCUGACUGCUAGGACCCCCCUCCCCCACUUUGGGCAGCAGCUGCAGCUGGGAACUGGCAGGCAGAGGAGGCCCUGCUCCCCGGAAGGCCUGGCUAUGCCCAGCCUCAUGGCCCACCUGCUUCACUCCGACUCUACCACUACACGAGGGUUUUUCAGAAAAUGGCGACACGAACACCCCACCACCACGACAACAACACAAACCAAAGUGCACUCCGAACCGCCCUUUGGCCUCCUUCAAUGUAGGUGCCUUGAAACUUCAAUGUUGAGAUGAAUGUGACUAAUUACUUGGUCCUAUUUUCUGUUUGUCUGUUUCAUAUAAAAUGUCCAAGUCCACCUGCCUUGUCCUUUCUUGAAAUAAAUAGAAAGAUUUAACUUUUA